CAGAAUCUCCUCCGUCAACAGCAACAACCACCGGAAGAUCCCCUCAGUCAACAACAACAACCGCUAGAAGAUCCCCUCAGUCAAAAGCAACAACCACCAGCAGAUCCCUUCAGUCAAAAGCAACGACCACAAGAAGACCCCAUGAGUCAACAGCAACAACCACCAGAAGAUCUCCUCAGUCAACAGCAACAACCACCGGAAGAUCCCCUCAGUCAACAACAACAACCGCUAGAAUAUCCCCUCAGUCAAAAGCAACAACCACCAGCAGAUCCCUUCAGUCAAAAGCAACGACCACAAGACCCCAUGAGUCAACAGCAACAACCACCAGAAGAUCUCCUCAGUCAAAAGCAACAACCACCAGCAGAUCCCCUCAGUUAA